UUAAAGCCUGGGCUCCAUCUUUCUGACUAGCUGUGUACUGAGGCUGUUCCGGAGCCUUGAGGGGCCCCUGGGUGCCAGGCAGAGGCACAAGUGGGCUGUGACAGAUGGGGCAAGGGUACGGAGCUCAAAGCAGCUGACUGAGUGCCCCAGGGCCAGACAGCUAACCGGGGGCAGAGCCAGGAUCUGAACUCAGGAGCUGCUUGGAGAUGCUGCUGCUGCUGCUGUCCCUGUUGCUGCUGCUGCCACUGGCCGUACUCCUGUGGCGGCCGCGGUCCUGGGAUGCCAGGCAGUCCUGGCUUGUCCGCCUCCAGCACCGUGUGGCGUGGGGGGCCCUGCGCUGGGCAGCCGCCUGGCAGCAGAAGAGACUAGCGCAGAGCACGUUGCACGCGGGCCAGAGCCAGCAACAGGCCCUGAGGCGGUGUCUGCAUGGAGCCCAGGGUCCCCGUUGUACCCUCAGAGGGAGCACAGAUAUAAGCACCUUCCGGAAUCAUCUCCCUCUGACCAAGGCCAGCCAGGCCCAGGAGGAAGAAAGUGGGGGGCAGCCCUUGCCCCCCACCUCAAACUGGUACCAUGGAGAGGCCUCUCUGCAGUAAACAGCAACAAAAACCUCAAAACAAAACUGGGGGACUUCUGUGAUGGUCCAGUGGUUAAGACUCCCCGCUUUCAGUGCAGAGGGUAUGGGUUCGAUCCCUGGUCUCCCCUGGCCUUGGCAUGCCCUGGGCCAGAUGAGCCCCACUGGAGCCAAGGACCCAAGGAUCCUGCUGCUGGAGGCAUUGAGGUCCCCAGGGCUUCGGGCUCUGGAAGCUGGGACAGCCACAGAGCUCCUAGAUGUCUUCUUGGACCUGGAGGCCCACGGGGAAGAGCUGGCUGAGGCCAUCGCUGCUGGGAACCCAGGAGCACCUCUCCCCAGACGGGCAGCUGAGCUGCGGGAGGCCCUGGAGCAGGGAACCCGAGGACUGGCCCUUCGGCUCUGGCCAAAACUGCAGGUGGUGGUGACUCUGGACGCAGGAGGCCAGGCUGAGGCUGUGGCCGCCCUGGGGGCCUUGUGGUGCCAAGGGCUCACCUUCUUCUCACCCGCUUACGCUGCUUCUGGAGGGGUGUUGGGCCUGAGUCUGUGGCCAGAGCAGCCCCAUGGCCUGUACCUUCUGCCCCCUGGAGCCCCCUUUAUUGAGCUGCUCCCACUCAAGGAAGGAACUCGGGAAGAGGCUACCCCCACUGUCCUGCUGCCUGAGGCCCAGAAGGGCAAGGAGUAUGAGCUGGUGUUGACCAACCAUGCCAGCCUCACCAGGUGCCGGCUCGGUGAUGUGGUACAGGUAGUGAGUGUCUACAAUCAGUGUCCAGUCGUCAAAUUCAUCUGCAGGCUGGGUCAGACCCUGAGUGUUCGAGGCGAAGACACUGGUGAGGAUGUGUUCUCUGAGGCCCUGGGCCGGGCCGUGGGGCAGUGGCCAGGGGCCAAGCUGUUGGACCAUGGCUGGGUGGAGAGUAGGAUUCUGGAUUCCUCUGAGGGCUCCGCUCCCCACUAUGAGGUAUUUGUGGCACUGAAGGGGCUGAGGAACUUGUCAGAGGAAAAUCGAGACAAGCUUGACCACUGCCUUCAGGAAACCUCCACUCGCUACAAGUACCUGCGGUUCCGGGGCAGCAUGGGCCCUGCCCAAGUCCACCUGGUGGGGCAGGGGGCCUUCGGGGAACUGCGGGCAGCCCUCGCUGCCUGCCCCUCGGCCCCUUUCCCUCCUGAGAUGCCCCGGGUCCUCAGGCACAGGCCCCUGGCCCAGUGCCUGCAGAGGAGGGUGGUGUCCUGAGCUGAGGCCUGCCCCCGGCCCCGUUCACCCCCAUGGGCUGCCUCGCUCUUUCCUCUGGGGCCCCUCUGGAUGUGGAGCCCUUGGCCAGGGUCUUCAUGUGUCAGCUGCCAGCUGCCCAUGAGAGCUGCUGCCCUUAGGGUUGCCUGAGCUAGUCCAUCAGUUCCGAGGAGUUGACUUCAAGGACAAAGCAGACACCAGCAGCGCGCCACCCGGAGCUCCCAGCCCACCCUAGAGGGCACAGGAGUUCCAAUCCCCGCUGGUAAUGCCUGUGCACCAGGCAGACUGGAAGUGUUGGAAGUUCAGGCUCCCAGGAGUGACCCCCAAUUGGCAUGGAGCAGGGGCUGGUGACCGCAGACCUCAGCUUUGUCGUCCCUCAGUAGAACAGCUCUGAAAUGUAUUCUAUAAGCAUCUCCCUCCAAGGGUCUCCACUAAUUGCCCGCAGUGGUAACUUUCUCAUUAACACGGUUCUUACUGGUUUUCCUCCUGUCUCUCCUGUCCCUCCUCCCACGUGCUUUCUAGGGUCACCUGCCAAAUAAACUUCUUACACCCAGAA